AUGACACCUAGAAAUGCAUCCAACGCCCAGAUACACGGCUUGGUCGGAAAGCCACUACUGAUCGUUAACAGCAGCAGGGGUUGGUACUUCAAAGAUUACUUCAAUCAACCGUCACGGGCUACUAUUGGUACUGUGGUCGCCGUCCUUGAAGUCGGCGCAUUCAUAUCAUCCCUCCUUGUGGGUCGCGUUGGUGAUAUGAUCGGCCGCCGGAGAACCAUCCUCUAUGGCUCUAUCGUUUUCUUCAUCGGUGGCGCGCUGCAGACAUUUGCAAACGGUAUCCCGAUGAUGAUUGUUGGGCGUGUCAUUGCCGGUCUCGGUGUUGGCGCUCUAUCGACCAUUGUACCGGUUUACCACCUCCCCCACAACCGCGGAAAACUCGCAUGUAUUGAAUUCACCGGAAACAUAGCCGGAUAUGCAACCAGUGUAUGGGUAGAUUAUUUCUGCAGCUUCAUCGACAGCGACUACUCUUGGCGCCUCCCACUCCUCUUUCAGUGUGUAAUGGGUGCAUUGCUUGGCUUUGGCAGUCUGCUUAUCUGCGAAUCACCAAGAUGGCUACUGGACAAUGAUCACGACGAGGAGGGUAUGGUGGUAAUUGCUAAUCUCUAUGGUGAAGGCGAUCUGCUCAAUGACAAAGCCCGCCAAGAAUAUCGUGAGAUCAAAAUGAAUGUUCUUGUCCAGCGUCAGGAGGGCGAGCGAUCCUAUUCAGACAUGUUCCGCCGGUAUCGCAAACGUGUUUUAAUCGCCAUGUCAGCCCAGGCUUUAGCCCAGCUCAACGGGAUCAAUGUGAUCUCAUACUAUGCACCUCUCGUGUUUGAAUCGGCUGGCUGGGCCGGACGUGACGCCAUCCUCAUGACUGGAAUCAAUGGCAUCUCGUACUUGCUAUCUACUAUACCACCGUGGUAUCUUGUGGAUGGAUGGGGUCGGCGACCCAUUCUGCUUUCGGGUGCUGUGGCUAUGCUAAUAUCUCUUUCUUUGAUAUCAUAUUUCAUUUACAUUGAAAUUCCAGCCACACCGACCCUGACAGUCAUAUUUGUCAUGGUCUACAAUGCAGCCUUUGGGGCGUCCUGGGGCCCCAUCCCAUGGCUUUACCCUCCUGAGAUCUUGCCUCUCAGUAUUCGGGCCAAGGGUGCAAGCUUGAGCACCGCAUCAAAUUGGGCAUUUAACUGGCUUGUGGGAGAAGUGACUCCUGUUCUCCAGGCAGCUAUCAAGUGGCGGUUAUACUUGGUUCAUGCAUUCUUUUGCGCAUGCAGUUUCGUCCUUGUGUAUUUUUUGUAUCCCGAAACAAGUGGUGUUCGGUUGGAAGAUAUGAACAUACUCUUUGGCGACGCUUCAACGGCCAUGCCCACUCCUGCUACACAAGCCGAACGAGGAUCGUUGAUGGGUGCUGGAUCACCUGUUCCUUCCCUUGACUUGCGUCGGCAGUAUGGUCAAUUUGGGACCGAGAGUUCCAUCCCUGGUCUUGACAUCGAUCCGCCGAGCUUGAGUCCCGAUGGGGCCAACAAACGUGGACGCUCAAACUCCCAGCAGAGUGGUGCUCGGACGGAGGGAUUCGGUGGCUGGAUCUCAAGUAUGGUCAAUCGAAACCGAGGAGCAGGCCCUGGGACUAGCAGUCAGUAUAGGCGACUGGAACGCGGCGAGGAAGAUGAAGGGUGA